AUGUCGACACGUCAAAACUCCUUUUUCCCAGAUGGAGGUUAUGGAUGGUUGGUGGUGUUCGCCGCAACUUGGUGCAAUGGCUCAAUUUUCGCGAUUCAGAAUUCUUUCAGUAUUUUGCAUGUGAUGCUGGUCAAUGCCAACCAACAAACAAAUGAGAGCGUUUCACAGUUUCAAAUAGCUUGGAUAGGAGCUCUGUCCAUGGGCAUGGUGUUCUUGUGCUCUCCCCUGGUCAGCAUGUCUACCGACCGUUUUGGUUGCAGGGCUACAGCAGUGGGGGGCUCAUUGGUGGCAUUUGUGGGACUUCUGACAGGUUCAUUUGCAAAAUCUUUGCCUCUUCAGUAUCUCACCUAUGGACUGUUGUUUGGAGCUGGCUGUUCCUACUCUCUGCAGCCGACCCUGGUGAUCCUGGGACAAUAUUUCCAGAGACACCUGGGUCUGGCCAAUGGGCUUGUCACGGCUGGCAGCAGUCUCUUCUCCGUGGCACUGCCUGUGCUACUGGAAGAGGUGCUGGUUCCCUUAGGGCUGGAGAGAACAUUCCAGAUCCUGAGUGUGCUCCCCCUCACGCAAGCUGCAUUGCUAGGGGCCACCUUCCGUCCACCACCUACCCCUGAAUGCCAUGGCGAUGUUCAGAGUAACACCAACCAAACAGAGCGUAGUAACCAACACUGCCAUAACAAUAGGCUUGAAGAAAAUACAUUUUCUGGGAUCAGAAUAUUCUGUGUGCCUAGCUACCGAAUGUGGGCAUUUGGUGUAGCCAUUGCUGUACUGGGCUAUUUUGUACCUUAUGUUCAUCUUAUGAGUUUUGUGCAGGAGCAGUUUGAGGAUUCAGAGCAGAAAGAGUGGAUUCUGCUGGUGUGUAUUGGCGCAUCCUCAGGAGUGGGGCGCCUAGUGUUCGGCCAUGUUGGAGACCUUUUACCCGGACUCAACAAAAUCUACCUACAGGCUGUGUCUUUCAUGUUCCUGGGCCUGGCAUCCAUUUUAGUCCCGCAGUGUUUGACAUUCGAAGGGUUGGUGGUGGUGUGUGUGCUGCUGGGUGUGUGCGACGGCUGCCUCCUUACCCUCAUGGCCCCAGUCGCCUUUGAGGUGCUGGGUGUGCAGAGAGCGUCGCAGGGGAUCGGCUACCUGCUGGGCCUCAUGGCUCUGCCCAUGACGGCCGGCCCACCACUCGCAGGACUACUGCAUGACCAGUUGGGGAACUAUUGCCUGGCUUUCUACCUGGCUGGAGUUCCACCUCUCAUAGGGGGGCUCCUACUGCUCUUUAUCCCCAGAAUGCAUCACCAUCUGUGGGCUUCACGAGCAGAGAUGCUUCCUGGGCUGAGAACAGCUGAAAUAGAGAUCAUUCCAGCUGGUGGUCUAGACAGAAACAAUCAACCCAGUUUCACUCUGAAGAUUGUGACAGAGCAGAAACAUGCCUCUGAGCUCAUUCAAAUGUUAACAGGCAAUGCCAACUUGACUGAGCUCACUGCCUCCGUGGUGACGGCAGAAGUUGAUAAUGAUGACGAUGAUGAUGACGACGACGAUGAUGAUACAUCUGAGUACUCCACUGCCACAUCAUAG